UCAUUGAAUCCUCGUGAUUUUUUGCCUACGAUUUUAUUGUUUUGUAAUAUCUAAGUGAUGUUUAAGUAUGUUUUUAAUGUAGCAAAAUAAAGAAUUUAUUUCCAUGGACAUUUAUAAUACAAAUACACUAGCUAAAACAUGUGGUUAAAAUGUGUUAAAUGUUUUAUCUUAUUGGAUGUUGUAACUGCGUAAAUGGCUCGAAUAAUGUUGUUAUUGUAACCAUAUCGCUUGCGAUAGCAUGGCAGCGGCGAAUGCCGAGUCCGAGCGGGCUCGUUUAUAUAAAUUUGCCAAAAUAUUAACUCUGAAAGUGGCUCAAAUCGUCGUGCAAAGUAGAGAUGGCAAAAAGAUCACUCACGAGUGUUCUAACACGAAACCUCUGGACAACAGCGCCUUAUCAACAUCCCCUAGUAACUUACAAUGGUUUAACCUGUCCAUACCCGACGAGCCCGAAGUGAACUACGACACGAAACGAAUACUCAACGGGGAAGUGGUCACCGCUCUCACCAAUAUAUUGUGUAUUGAGAUAUCGCUCAAAACGAUAGACGGCGAUGAGAUGGUGCUAGAGCUGUGGACAGUGAAACUGGCCCCCUGCAUCGAAGCCCCGCUGACAUCCGUCUCCACGAUCUACUACAGGAUGAGCGUGAUGCUGAAGUCCACGCUGAGCAUCUCCAGGAUAACCCCCGCGUACAAGAUGUCCCGGGCGCAGAACAAGGAGACCUACAAGAUAUACCACAAGAUCUACGGUGGACAGCCUAACCUGGAUCUGUUAGGGGGCAACCACAAAGAGAUCAAAGUGAGCGAGCUCCACACGCCGAUAGGCACCAUCCUCAUCGAGGUCCGGUACCGCACCAAGAUGACCAUCCUGCCCGAAGACCGGCUCAAGCCGGCCGACAUCCUCAACAGCAACGGGGGCAUUAUGGUGAAGAGCGACCACUUCCCCACUGAACCCAAACGCGACAACGAGAAGAAAGGCAUAGACCUGAACAAGCCCCUGACGGCGGGCGCGUUCGUGGACGCGGACAAGAUGAGAGAACUCCACGCUAUGCUGCACCAGCAGCUGCCGCCCGAGCCUGUCGGCUGGCUGCUGGAACCCGACACGCCCCUGACGGCGGACGCGUUCGUGGACGCGGACAAGAUGAGAGAACUCCACGCCAUGCUGCACCAGCAGCUGCCGCCCGAGCCCGUCGGCUGGCUGCUGGAGCCCGACACGAAAUUAAAACUAUUGGCAGACGCACAGAAGUUGAAGGAGAGGAAAAAGGAGGCCCAAGAGAGGGACAGCGAGGCUCAGUGCAGCACUAGCAAGGCGAUAGAAGUGCCGCGGGCCCGCGACGGCGAGCGGUACAACAGUCUCAUGGACUUCCCAUUCGCCGACGGCAGCCCGAUAACGGAGCUGGCGAACUUCUACCAGGAGUGCGUGCACCUCCGCUCGUGCAGCGACGAGCUGGGCAUCGCGGCGGAGCCCGCGGACCCCGCCGACCUCGGCCUCCAGCUCCGCAUGUUCGAGGAGGCCGUGCCCGAGUUCGACAACAUGGUCGCCUCCAUGUUCAGCGACGACGGCGGGGAAUACUGAACCUUAUUCAUUAAACUUUACGGCCUGAUUUAGCUAUCCCUUUAAUCCGUAGCGGGAAUGUAACUUGCCAUCAUACUUAAAAUAAAAACGCACCUUUGCUAUAAGAAUUACGGUUCGUAAUCGAAUGACUAGAAAAUGUCGAAUGGCUUAAGGGUUAAAUAGGUCAGAUGACUAAUUUUUAUUUAUGGUAUCAAUCGAUCAAGUUUGUCUUUAGGAUCAAAAGUCUAUAUGAGACCCAUUGCAUUAAAGCAAUACAAAAUUCAGAAAUGAUAAUUAAAGUCCGACAGUAGUACUUCACUCGCGAACGCUGUCACUGAGAGUCCAUCUUGAAGUAUGGACGAAAUAAUAAAAAUGCGUUUUUGUCAGUGAAAUAUUGCGUUUAUGUAUAUAGUUGCUAACAAUCUUUUUUUGGAUAAAAUGUAAGGAAUCGCAUUACUUAUUUCCUUUUUGGACUUAAAAAAAACCUUAAUUUUGAAAGUUUGAUAUAAUGUGUAUAUUAUAUAUUAUUUUAAUAUUUACGUAAUUGCGAUAAAUUGCUCAUUUGCUAUCUAUUUUACUAAAUUUUGUUAUAAAAUUCAACAUCUGUCAUCAUCCCUAUAAGGUUUCCCUUUCUUACUAAUACAUAAGUCAAUAUGACGGAUAAAGACAAACGAUUCAUAGCUAAUUCAGGCCAGUAACUCGUUUAUGAAAAAAGCCAUAAGUCUGUUAGAAAUUCUUGUUAGCGUGAUACAGGUUUUUUGUUGCGUUCGGUAACCAAGUGCAUCAACUUUUAUUUGUUAUUCUGUCCCAGCAAGGCGAUAAUAGCAUAGUUUGACCCUUUGACGGGCAAAAUAGUCAGCUGACGCUCGAGGCUCCAGUCCAAUAUCGACCAUCGUACAUUCUAACAAGGUUCACGAUGACGCGCCGCUCACGAUACGCGUUCCGUUCAAAGGGAGAAAAAAAUGUAGGUAGGUAGAGUGACCCAGGCAACCGUAGCCAUGGUAACUAGUGACUAGAAAAAGUUGAUUCACCCAACUAAACAAAAACUGUAUAAUAAUUUAAAUCAGAGAACAAUGAGAAACUCAGACCACAGAACAGUCAUACAGGGUGUUUGGUACAUCGUUUGCCAAAUUAAAAUGGCAGAUAGGUUGAUUCAGUUGUUAUCUUCUCAGGCCUAGGAAUUUUUAAUUUGGCGCACAUUUUUUUUCACUUCUAUGCCACUUUUUCGUAAAUUUCAAAUUUUUACUUGCGUACUAGUAAAAAAAACCAUGGCCAAUUUUGUUUUUCUAGGCAUGAGAAGGUAGCAAAUGAGUCAACCUAUCUGCCGUUUUAAUUUGGCAAACGAUGUACCAAACACCCUGUAUAAACGUAGGAUAGCUUGAAUAAACAGAUGUUUAACCCAUUGAACGUGGUUGAUAUUGAGCUGUAGCCGCGUGCGUUUGUUGAAGUCUAUGCCGGUCAAUGGAUUAAAAUGGUAAAGAAGUGGCGGGAAGAAGUUAAUAACUCGAGAUAUUCUACUGAAGGAAUUUGAACUUUAAAUAAAAUUACAUAAGGUUCAAAUUUCUUAAAUUUUAUCCCGCCAGAUAUCAACUUCUUCCCGCCGUGUACGGAUAUGUUCGCCGUGCAAUGAAGCGAAUAAUAUUUUAUUAAAUAUGAAAAACAAGCGGUAUUUACUAGCCAAUCUGUUACUCUUAUAAAAUCUGAUAUCUCAGUAAUAAAUUGUUAAUAAAAUACUAGCUUUAUUUGAAGUGGGUAUGUUAUUUAGUGAGUUUAGAUUGUCAGCCCUUCAUAUUAAUAUGAGAAAAGCUCGAAAUAUCAGUGGUGAAUCGUCCGUAAUGCUCUAGUUUCCUAUUAGGGUAGUGGUGCCGUCAUAUAGCGGCCAUCUCCAUACAAAUACUACGACAUCCAUAUUUAGCAGUAUUAUUUAGUAUGGAGUCGGCCGCUAUAUGACGGCACCGCUAUCCUAGGAAAACCGAUCUUAACUCGAUCCUCCUCUCCCGCCAGCAUUUCACAAAACAAAUCAAGGCAAAGGGUACUGCCUGCCUUCUGUCGAAGCGAUUCGUUGCAUUAUAAACGGUAUCGUCUUGCGUCGUACCAUUCGUUUUUCGUCAAGUGCUUAAAUUAGUCCUAUUCUGCAUUCGUCACCCAUUCUACAUUCGUCGCAAUCGUCGGUGGCUUUCAUUGUAGAAUGAGUGACGAAAGCAGAAUAGGACUAAUUUAAGAAUUUGACGAAAAACGAAUGGGACGUGCUCACGAGGAACCCGGAAUUGAAUCGUUUUCGUUAUAGGUUUUAGAAACCUACGAAGUUUCGGUUUUGAUAAAUGAUAUAGAACUCAUUUUCUGGGAUAAGUUUGACUCCCGCCACUGAUAGGUAUAGUCAUUAAUGUAAUUCACUAGUUAUUACACCACCGAUAUUGUUUGUACUUAGCUCAAAGUUGUGUUUAAAUCCCAGAUUGUAUGAAUGGUAUCGUCUUGAGUCGUCCCAUUCGUUUUCCGUCAAGUUCUUAAAUUAGUCCUAUUCUGCUUUCGUCACUCGUUCUAUAUUCGUCACAAUCGUCGGUGGCUUUCAAUGUAGAAUGAGUGACGAAAGCAGAAUAGGACUAAUUUAAGAACUUGACGAAAAACUAAUGGGACGACCCAAGACGAUACCGUAUGAAUCAAUCUACCCUCGUCCUGCCCCUGCUGCCCACCAUACUAAGUUUAAGCCAUUGAAAUGUAAGCCAAAUUAUUUGAAAAAUAAAGUUCAUUUUUCUUUGUUUCACAUAUUAAGUAAAAGCAGUUUCAGUGUAAACAUCAUCCUUCAUUUCAUUCAUAACUUGCUUAAAAAUGGAAUAUGUCCUUUAUAAAUCACAUUGGGCAGGACGAGGUUAUAUUCGUCUUGGUUUUAUGCUGUAGAGUUAUUUUUCGCACUCUUAGAAGACACAAAGUCAAACAUAUUAAAUAUGCUCAUUGAUACUUUAUUAAAAGAUUGUAAAUGAUAUGAAAAAUGCAUAAAUAAUAUUAAUAAAUUAUUAAUUAUGUUACAUUUAUAAAGGCCUAUAAACUAUUAUAGACCUCAUAUUCUAAGGUCUGAUUUUGUGUCUCCCAAAUUGAUACUCGUAUCUCAUCGAUUUGAGAGUUACGAAAUUAUAUUUUUUUUUAUUUUGGCUUUUCGUAUUUUUGGUGUUUUGUGUUCUUCCUUCUACUUAAUUUGGACAGAAUUUUUAUAUUCGAUUAACGUUUAUGACUUUUUUAACCUCUAGCCGCCCAUACGUUAAACCUUGCCAAGCAAAAUGAAAUUUUAUACUGUCAACACAAAGUUCAAAUUAGAAUGGAACCGGAGACCUUUUUAUAGGUCUCUGGGCGGCUAGAGGUUAAAUUUAAUUGGCAAUAUUAGAAUGCAUACUGUACAUUGAUAUAUUUAUAUAUUAAAAAAAUAAAAGCGUUACUGCUUAUAAUAUAAUAUACCGCAGACAAGUUUUUCUACAUUUUUUUUUCACAAUAACAAAAACGAAAUUUUGAUUUGUUAACAAAAAAACAAAAAUAAACUUUUAGUUUUCAGCCGUAUCUGCGCCUGGUUGUGUAUCGUGUACAAACGUGCUUUCUAUAUGGCCUUAAAUUGUAUAAGUGCUGUUGAAUGUGCUUACGUGAAACCUAUUAUAUGUAGACAGCGAAAUAGUCAUAAUAGUUGUGUGUGUAAACUCUAUAUGGGCUGAUUUUUAUUUUGCUAUAGAUUUUUCUUGUCAUAUGUAUUUGGUGAAUUGAUAAUUCCCUAUUCUGUAGAAUAGCGUAAUUUCACCGUAUCUAUGUCCUAAAUAAACUUCCUAUGAGCAAAGAGAAUAGAUACAGUCACAGUAAAUUUACUGCCAUAUAUCGACACACCAUAAAAACUCAAAAUGUAAAUGUAUACAGUUAUAAAAAAAAAAGAAUAUACCUAUAUGGCUAAAUGAUUUUAUUAUUUUUAUAUAAUUUCGACCCAAUGAUUUUCACUGACUAAAAUUGUUAAAUAUGAAACGGUUUCGCCAACGCCAUCUAGCCGAGCAUAGGCCAAAGGUGUGUGCGUCAUCUAUCCGAGAACGACUUAUUCUUGAUUUCGGAGGCAUAUUUUUUUCUUAGACUUUAUUCAUCUUAUACGGAGUUACAUAUGUCUUUGCUAUGAGUUACGAAAACUUAUCGUAUAUCCCGUCCAAAAUGAGGAGCCCUUCAAACUUCAAACCAGCCAAAUCGUAUCCAAAUCUAAGGAAAUAAAUUCGAAAAUAACAUUAAAAAAAUCGGCCCAUACACACACAAGCGCUUCGCUUUAGUUGCACUCUGUUGCACUAAUAGUAUAAUGCAUAUUUCUUGUUUUUCUAUACUUAAGGAAAGAGGUGCCACAAUUUGGUAAUAUAGGGCGAAGUAAAUUGAUAAAAAAAAUGCUCGUGUACCCGUCUAGCCGUACAGAGGUCUAUAAAAAAGUAUCCCGCUAUAUUCUUAUUUGAAUCUUAAUUUUGACAAAUAUAACAUAAAUAACAUUGCAUUUGGCAUGUUUUGAUGUCUGAGCGGCUGAAGGGUAUGAGAAGUUAAGUUCGCCGUAAAAUCGCAUAUCCUUAUAAAAAAACGUUAUUUAUCUAUAUAAAUUAGAGUAUUGUAAACAUGUACAGAUAAUUUUGGCCACUGCACGGGCGUAGUUAUCUCUGCUGCUAGCUGUAUAUGAAAUAUUUAUUUCGAACUAUGAUGACAGUACGGGUUCUUGGCUUCAAAUAUGGAAAGAAAGGCGUAAAUUUUGAAUUAUCCUCCUAAGGCUCACAGUUCUAUCAGCUAUAGUAGAUACUUUCCGUACACGGCGGGAAGAAGUUGAUAACUCGAGAUAUAUUGCUGAAGGAAUUUGAACUUAAAAUAAAAUUAAGUACAUAAGGUUCAAAUUUCUUCAAUUUUCUCCCGCCAGAUAUCAACUUCUACCCGCCGUGUACGGUUAUUAUUUAAUAAGUUCUAUGAAAUAUAAAUAAUUUUGAAAUGGACUAUACAGGGUGUUUGGUACAUCGUUUGCCAAAUUAAAACGGCAGAUAGGUUGAGUCAUUUGCUAUCUUCUCAAGCCUAGAAAAUUUUAAUUUGGCGCCAGUUUGUUUUUUCCAGUUCUAUGCCGGUUUUUCGUAAAUUUCAAAUUUUUACUCGCGCGGUAGUAAAAAAAACAUGGCCAAUUUUUUUUCUAGGCAUGAGAAGAUAGCAAAUGACUACGAUUUUAAUUUGGCAAACGAUGUACCAAAUACCCUGUAUUUACAUUUGUUUUGAUUCGAUAGACUUUAAAACAAAAUAUAACCAACCCUAUUUCGUAUACUGUAUGAUAAACUUCAUCGGAGCGGCCAAGGUGCACAAAAAUAUCUCAACACGCACUCGUUUGAGUGCGAGUUUGAGAACCUUGGCCGUUCCAAUAUAUCGGCGACUGAACACGAAUUGUAUGUAAGCUGAAAUUGUACAUAGUUUGACUUGACAAUGGGUCAUUAGAAGCGGUGAAUAAUGUAAAUGUGUGUGUGUUUGCGUCGGUCCGCCAACGCGUAAUGCCGUUGAAGGUCCUCGUUAUGGUGUGAAACAUGUCGAGCAAUCUUCCACUUAAAAUUACGUGACUGGCCCGUUUUAAUAGUCUGUGUCUCACGGAAGUUUUGUUGUAAAAAAUCUCAAAUAUAAUUUUCACUAUAUCAACUAUAGGUAUAGUGUGUAGCUUUCAAAUAGAGCUCGACGGCUAUUCCUAUUGUCUGCUAUUGUUAAGUAAAAUCGCUCGUGCCACGUGCCACAACCACCUGUGGCCUAUUUUAUAAAGCUACAAGUUACAAUUUACAAGCGGAAGUCUCGUUCUAAAACAUAGAGUUAGAAAGAGACUUCCGCUUGUAAAUUGUAACUUGUAGCUUUAUAAAAUGGGCCACUGGAGGCCGAUUUUUGAAAUUCGACCAUUCGAUUUCGUGUAUUUCGUUAAAUAAUAUCUCCAAUACUAGGCACUUAAAUUCUACUAAUAGAAUUAAAAUCGAGUGGUUAAUGGCACUAGAUUCUAAAUUUCGAUUGCUCGUAUUUCAAAAAUUAGCAUUUCUCCGUUUUCCACCGACAUUCGAGUGACGAAAUCGUGCGAUCGAAAUUCAAAAAUCGGCCCCCUGCAUAAAAAAUACGUACGGCCGAUCAGUUGUUCGGAACUGUCAAAUUUUUGUUCUAACUGACAGGUCGAUAUCGUCCGGCGGCCUGUUAGUCAGUGGUCGGCUUAAAAUGUGUCAUCAAGAUGCGUAACAAAGGCGCGUUAUCGGAGAGCGCACCUACACUGGUUUUUUGAGCGUUGGACUAGCCCGCGCUCAGGUGCCAAAUAGAAAAAUUAAGACCUUUUUUUGCAGGUAAGUAGCACGCGCGGUUUUACUUAACAAUAGACAAUAAGAUUAGCCGCCGAGCUCUAUUUGAAAGCUACACACUAUAUCUAUGUCGACAUUCCAUUAUUACAUUUUUCACCACUUCUAGAAACUGUACACCAUUCUAUGAUACAUGUUUACAGAUAUGUAAUGCCCUGUGACAAAAAGAGCCCUCCUAAUUUCCGACAGUUUUCAAAAACAUAUCAUUAAUGCAUGAUGCAUGAUUGAUAAAAAAUCUGUUUGUUUUUGUAUUUCUGUAUUUUCAGUACUGAAACGACAAACUAUGUUCUAAAAAAUAGGACAUUGAAAUAGUAUUUUUCUUUGUUGAUUUAUUUUUGUCUUAAAUAAAGGACGUCGGGCCUUACGAGGCUAUUAAAUAUUCAAUGAUUCCGGACUAGUCUUAUUAUAAUUAUGUACUAUAUUCAGCAUGCAAGUCAAUCGAAGAUCAGAAAAACCGUUCUUUUUCGAAGUCGGAUAACAGGCACUUAGGUCCUGUUAUUAUUAAUAACUUAUUAACUACUAAAGUAAGGCCGCUAAGCACGAAAAAUUUCGUACAUUGACUCGCCUGUCCUAUCUCUAUCGCACGCGCUUAUGCGCCGUAGAUACCGGCGGUCAAUGCCACUAUGCGAGCGAGAGAGCAAUAUAAUGUAAUGCGAUAGAGAUAGCUACAGGCGGUUCAAACGAAAUUAUACGUGGUUAACGUGCAACACACAGAACUGGCUAUCGAUGGACCUUAAGUCGUUGUAAUAAGGUUCACGAAAUGUCAGUUAUAGUUGAGUCAAACACUCGCUGCACGCGAAUACGUAGUGUGCUCUCUGUCACACCUACCUAUGGCGGGCGACGUCCUGUCUCUUUCUUACUUGCUUAGCGUGCUGCGGGUUUUUUUUUAACUCAACUAUAACAGUGCGCACGAGGUACUGUCACAUCCUCUAGCAUUAUAAAAUUAAUAAAGUUCCAUUCUAUCAAAUAGUUAUUUGAUAGAAUGGAAAUGAAAGCAAGAAUUUUGUAUGGAAGUUUUUAUAUGUGGGGUAUAGAUAUUUAAUCAUGUUUUGGGUGAAAAUCUUUAAUGGGUUUUGGCACUUUCAUUCUUGAGAGUCGCCACUUACUAAUAGUAGCUAUGUAUUAACUGCUUUCUUGGUUACUGUUUUAAAUCAUUUUAAUUUCGUGUAUUUUAAUUUAAUAAAGCAUAUAUAAAAAUGCACAUUUGGGCGUUAUCAGAAAGUUUUUCGAAAAUACAUAUUAAACGUUAGUUUUAAACUAACUUAAAUUAUCUCUAAAUAAAAGUAAAAGCUAAAAAAAUCUACAUUAAUUUUAUUCAUAGUUUUUUUUUUUCUUAAAACUCCUGGAUGCCGUCCGUCAAUAUUGACAACUUUGCACCAAAGUUUCCAAAUAAUAUCUCAUUGCUCACUUUUACAUAACGUCAUCCGUACUUGGUCAUUGUAAAAGAGCCAUUGCCUUGGAUAUCGUCCUUUUAGCUUAUUACUGUAGAAUCUCACUGUAUUUCCGGACCGAAGCUUUUGCACAUGUUCGAAACCGUCAAGAAAAGAGUGUAGGUACUUUCUUAAAUGCCGGCAACGCACUUGCUCUUCUGGAAUUGCAGAUGUCCAUGGGCGACGGUAAUUGCUUACACUCGGGCUAUCCGUCUGCUCGUUUGUCUCCUUUUAAAAAAUACUUUUUCAGACUUGUUCAAAAGGCAAAGUUGUCAGUUUUGAUGGUUCACAACAACAUGAGCAUGACGUGUUCAGACGUGUUUUGCUUUGUAAGGGUUAAUUUGGCCAUAAUGUUGUUCACACGUCGCUGCCUAGACUAACAUUUGUUGUAAAUCAAUAAAAUAUCACUACGAUAGAUUAGAACCGAUUUGUAGAAAUACAAAAUGUCAAUCAUUUAUUUAUUUACAUAAGAUAAAUGAAUAUGAUUUUUAUCGA